AUGGGCAAUAAGCAGAGAUCCCUCCAACUUGUGCCAUCAUUAUCUGGGAACAAACAAUGGUACCGAUCCCUUCACCUAGGUAUCCUAGAAUGCUCUUCUCGUUAUUCUAGCUUGGGCUGCUCCAACUCCGAUUCAUAGCGGACCCCUAGUCCCAGAUAUCUCGGAAUCCUGACAACCUCGAUGAAUCGUUCACGGCAGCCACUUGGUGGUCAAAUAAUAGACUUGCAACCUACACAUUCGCAUCGUGCUCUAAAUGGAAAAUACCGACGUAAUGGAAAAUUACAGAUCAGCCUUGGAUUCCCUAGGCCGUGCGGUAGGUUAGACACUCUCUACAAUCUCGCCAAGCCAUGUACCUCACGGCCUGGGAAUCGGGGCUUCUUCCUGCUAUAUUUUCCAUUUUAUCCAGAUCGUGUGAACCAUGCAGACGAUCUAAGCUGAAGUGUGAUCAUGUUGUUCCAACCUGCGGCAGGUGUAUUAAGAGACAAUGUGCCGACCGGUGCAUUUACCAUCCCAACCCCCUUACCCAGGCUCGUCAAAAAGAAAAGGCAAUUCUCUCAACACAAUGUGCCGUAGCAAGAGACAAAAUUCCCCAAGUCCCAGUACAGUCAAGUGAGGUACCAGUUACGGAGUCAUCUGGUGUUCUCACAUCUCAACUUGCACGGGCACGUUCUACUGAAGUAGCAACUCGUGAAGUGCAUCGAGCGGCGUCCGCCCCGCCGUUGCAAAGUCGCGAUGGAGUUGCGAAUCGUACCAUAAACAUAGGCUUCCUCGGAGAGACUUCUUACGUAUCGAUUUUUACGGAUGGCCUUGGCAGCUUUGAUGUCUCUUCUCCAGACCUCGAAUCUUCUCCAGUCCAGGGAAUGAGCCUGUCCCACGACCGAAUAGCCCAAGGGUGUAAGGUUCUCGCUUUCUUAAAGGACAAGCAUAUGAUCAACCGUAUGGUAUCGCGUUGGUACGAAAUAUCCGAGGAUGAAGCUUGCAUCUGCAUAGAGCCCAUAAUGAAAGAGUGGCUUUGGGGUCUCGGGAUGCAUCACGGAGAUGUUUUAAAGGAUCAAAAUCCCGAAAAGAUUCAACGAUUAUGUGAAUUGAUUUGGCGUAACACCCAAAGCCCAAUAUCCUUUACUGAAACUACAACAGCUAAGCAAUGGGCGCGCUUGGGGACUGGACCAAGCAUACGAUGGGAGGUCAUUGGGCUCAUUGCGGUAAUAGCCGGUCUGUCUGCGAACACGCCCGAACCUUUCGGCCGCGGUUCUAAGAAACAUAGUUCCGCACAUUCGUCAUUUGCGAGGCAGAUGAACGAGAUCGCCGAAGUUUGUUUGAGCUUCUGCCGCGAAUGUGGAGCUCUAGGCGACAUGUUCACCUGGCUUCUAAUAGAGAAUUACGCUCUAACAGCUAAGAUUAAAGGUGAAGCUAGCCAUAGUAUAUAUACUCUGGGUGGCGAGAUAGUAGCUUCAGUUGUCGGGAUGGGUUUACACCGGGGAGUCAAAGAAGACGAUCAUCUUCCAUUCUUUCUAAUAGAGGUGCGGAAAAGGCUGCUUUGCCAGAUGUAUGGCGCAGAGAUCGGCAUGUCCACAUUUACAGGUCGUCCCCCUCGGAUCUCGCAUAGGUACUGUAAUCUUCAGCCGCCUCUAGACCUUUCAGUCUCUCAGCUACUCCUCGAAGGAGACGAUUUAACCCUAGCGCUUGCCAGUCUAGACGAGAAAGGGUUCAACACGUCAGGAAGAAUACGUCGCGUUACCUGGAUAAGGAUAUGGAUCGGGUUUGCCAUACAAAGGGAGGACAUCCUGGACCUGGCCCUAGGUCCAUAUACACGCGAAGAGAUCCUGCAGCGCGCGGAAGAUAUCAAAGCUAGACAUGAUCGAUAUAUAGAGGAACUCCCACCAUUCGCCAGAAAGAUAAAAGACUCACCUAUAGAAAUAGAAGGAAGGCAGCCGGCGGAAAUAUUAGUUAUGAUCGUAAUUCACCAAGCCUUCCAUUCGAACCAGCUUCUGCUCCAGCGGGUAUUGAUCCGCAAAGCCGGCGCAAGUUCGGAGGAGCUCAUAUGCCUUGCGCGAUCGAUUUUGAAGGACAUAUUGUUAAUAAGUCAACGUCGCGACCUCGGUACGCUGCUUAAGACAGAUAUUGCAUCCCUUCUCGCAGUGCAAGGCAUGCGGAGCGCUGCCGUCAUGGCGGUAGAACUAUUGAAACAAGAACAGCUCCCCGUCUAUCCGAGAAACCCUCUCCUGCCUAGAAGUCAGACAAUUCAAGAUCUGGCCGUUUUCGCAGCUGUACUGGGGGCCGUCGACCCCAGCGAUGGCUCAUUUAGUAUAUGCGACCAGGGGAGAAAGGUCAUCACUCAAAUCCUUGAUAGAAUCCUGAGUCCUCCUGACCCGCCUAAACAGCGACAAGGUUCUCGCGAACCAUCUGCACACAAAGACCCGGACCAACAGGUUGACGAGACAACUGUGGACAAUACGACGAAUGACGCGAUUCAGAACUAUGGCUUCCAUAUAUCGUCCACGGCCGACUUUACGAUGACUGAUCUGAAUUACGGAAUCGACGCCCCUUUCUUAGGGCCCGAUAAUGAUUUCAUGCAAUGGCUCGAGAAUAUGGACUGGGAACGACCCGUUUAGCGAUCCCAAACACGAGCUUGCGAAGACUACCUCUCAUCCUAACACCCCUUACCUUAGGUACUGGUAAAUGUUAUUCCGCAUGACAUGUUAAAGGCGGGUAGGUAAUGCAAGGACCUCGGGAAACUCUUUGCGUUGUCACAGAUCCGCGCUCACCCGAGAGACGAAAGUUAAAGUUAGUCAAGUAUGCAUGGUUCGGACAAGUGCACAUCAUUAUUCCCUGAGGCAGCAGAUAGCAAUUAAAAGGAACGCACCGCUCCGCGACAGGCGCUUCUGACUUGAGCUUAAGUUAUGAAUCAUACAGCUCCAUUUGUAAAAUAAAUCGCAAGGUCGCCUAGGUUAAGCUAGGAGGUACCCAAUAUUUCACUUGUUCACUCUGCUAGUUACCUUACGUAUGAUCAAGCAAAUUGAAGUUGUUGGUGUUAAA